CCACCCGCAGCAGAGGGCUGAGUGCGCUAGCGGUUCGCAGAGCUCGCCCUGCUCCGAGUGCCGGAGCGCAGGAAAAAGAGGAGGGAAGAUUGCCCACCACUCUUUCUAGCCCUCUUCAAGAAUUUCAGGAAGAGCUGCAGGAAGAAGACAUCUUCUUGAAUUCUCUGGCAGGGGCGGCUCUGCCACUGCCCCGCGGUGCCAUCUCGGCCACACAGCCCUCCGUGCCGACCCCUGCCCUGCUCGGGUCACGUUCGGGAGACAGGAUCAUGACUCGCUCGGUGGCCGCCUGGCUUUUGGUUGGGCUCAGCCUCUGUGCCCCCCAGUGCUGCAAAGGUGAUAUUUGUGAUCCCAAUCCGUGUGCAAAUGGUGGUAUCUGUUUGCCAGGAUUGGCUGAUGAUUCCUUUUCCUGCGAGUGUCCAGAUGGCUUCACAGAUCCCAACUGUUCUAGUGUUGUGGAGGUUGCAUCAGAUGAAGAAGAGCCAACUUCAGCAGGUCCCUGCACCCCUAAUCCAUGCCAUAAUGGAGGAACCUGUGAAAUCAGUGAAGCAUACCGCGGGGACACAUUCAUAGGCUAUGUUUGUAAAUGCCCUCAAGGAUUUAAUGGGAUUCAUUGUCAGCACAACAUAAAUGAAUGUGAAGCUCAGCCUUGCAAAAAUGGUGGAAUAUGUACAGAUCUCGUUGCUAACUAUUCCUGUGAAUGCCCGGGUGAAUUUAUGGGAAGAAAUUGUCAAUAUAAAUGCUCAGGCCCGUUGGGAAUUGAAGGUGGAAUCAUAUCAAAUCAGCAAAUCACAGCAUCAUCUACCCACCGAGCUCUUUUUGGACUCCAAAAAUGGUAUCCCUACUAUGCACGUCUUAAUAAAAAGGGGCUUAUCAACGCCUGGACAGCUGCAGAAAAUGACAGAUGGCCAUGGAUUCAGAUAAAUUUGCAAAGAAAGAUGCGAGUUACUGGUGUGAUUACCCAGGGAGCCAAGAGAAUUGGAAGCCCAGAAUAUAUAAAAUCAUACAAAAUCGCCUAUAGUAAUGACGGGAAGACUUGGUCAAUGUACAAAGUGAAAGGCACCAAUGAAGACAUGGUGUUCCGUGGAAAUGUUGAUAACAACACCCCCUACGCUAACUCUUUUACACCACCCAUAAAAGCUCAAUAUGUAAGACUCCAUCCCCAAAUGUGUCGAAGGCACUGCACUUUAAGAAUGGAACUUCUUGGCUGUGAGCUAUCAGGCUGUUCUGAGCCCCUGGGGAUGAAAUCAGGACAUAUACAAGACUAUCAGAUUACUGCUUCCAGCGUCUUCAGAACUCUCAAUAUGGACAUGUUCACUUGGGAGCCAAGGAAAGCUCGGCUGGACAAGCAAGGCAAAGUGAAUGCCUGGACUUCCGGACACAACGAUCAGUCACAAUGGUUACAGGUGGAUCUUCUUGUUCCUACCAAAGUGACUGGCAUCAUCACACAAGGAGCUAAAGAUUUUGGUCAUGUUCAGUUCGUAGGGUCCUAUAAACUAGCUUACAGCAAUGAUGGAGAACACUGGACUGUGUAUCAGGAUGAAAAGCAAAGAAAAGAUAAGGUUUUCCAGGGCAACUUUGACAAUGACACCCACAGGAAAAACGUCAUCAGCCCUCCCAUCUAUGCACGGUACAUAAGAAUCCUUCCUUGGUCCUGGUAUGGGAGGAUCACCCUUCGGUCAGAGCUGCUGGGAUGCACAGAGGAGGAGUGAAGAGGCCCUUUAUCCCACGACCCUCCUAUUUCCCCAAAAGUUUCUCCAUGGAAUAAACUUCGCAAAAUCUGUAGGAAAAUGAAUGGAGUUUUUUUCAUGAAAAAGUGCUCAAUGUAUGGUAGGCCACUGUCUUUAAGGAGGUCUAAGCCUGCCUUUUCAAUACUUCAAUUUGAUUUUUAUUAUUUAAAUUGUUUUAGUAACAUCACAUUAACUGUGAAUUACUUUUGUCAUUGUUUCCUGAGUGAUUCACACUGGUUGAAAUAUAUUGGGGAAAGAAAGUAGCAUUCUUUUUAUGGCAAGGAUGAAGAGAAAUCUCACAGUUAUUAAAUAACAAGCUUUUGCAAUCAAUACUCAACUAAUUCUUAUAAAAAGAAUACUGCAAUGUUAGCAAUAAGUUUUUUUUCCUUCUGUGAUGACUCUACAUUACCCUAAUUGUUUCCCUGUGCCUACCAAACACUGUCAGUGUUUAUAACAGAACUUUUGAAGAAGAAUCUGUAAUAUGCAGUACUAUCUGAUAUUAUAAUACUCUUUUAACACUCAUUAUUUCUAAUCAAAGAUUAUUGAUUUUUAUUUUGGUUCUACUCUAUAUUCUUUAUAUUUUAUAUUGCCUGAAUACUUUUUUUAUUUUUUAGUUGACUUUCUUCCUGUUAUUUGCCUAAAAGAAGAGCCAUGCUUAUUUAUACAUACAGAACAUCAUCAAAUAUUUGUAGAUAGAUCUGUAUUUAUUAUCAGUAGAUUGAAUCUAUCUGCAAUUCUAUAUUUAAAGGAAACUGUACCUAUAUUUUGGGUACCUAUAUUAUUUCCAAAUGCAUCCUUUACAGAGAGUUACAUACUAUCAUUUGCCAAAAUAAUAAGCAACCAAAAAUGUGUAUUAUGUCCCUUUAAAACUAAAUUCACAUCUUUGCUUUGAUGGUUCUUGCAUGGCCUUCUCUUUCCUUUAAAAUAAUAGAACCAUGAAUUCCUUCCAAUUUUUUUUUUUUAGACAGGCAAAUACUGACACAGUGCUGCAUGACUUGGCCAGACAUACUCACAGUUACUGUGUCCAUCUCUGCAUUUCCUGUGAAACUAAAAUUUAUUGAGAUUUGAAAGUGGUGGUGGUUUCCCAGGAAAGCACAUUACGUGAGCAGGAAAGUAUUUACUAAUGACAAAGGAAUAAAGCAUUUUCAAGAUGAAAAUUGAUUUCUAUUUAUUUUGCUUCAAAGGUCCUGAGAAAAUAAGCAAUUAUCAUAACAAUUUGUUCUUGAUAAUGGAGGUUUCAUUGACAUGUCUUUCAAAUUAAAGCUCACACUAAAAAAAAAAAAAUAAACCCUCCAUAAAAGUCCUCAACAUCUAAUUUAUCUGUUUUACAAGUUUUUAUUUUACAAGGCUUAGACACAGAAUUAUCAGAGUUUUAAAUUAAGGGUACUGGAAAAGAAAGUUUGGUAUGUGUAUGAAAUGUUGAGGUCCUGUGCAACACUGCUAAUUUUUUUUUUUGUGCUGCAUAACAAAAGACUGUUACUGUCUUGUCUGUUCAUGUGUUAACAGCAUUUCUUAAUGAUGUAUAUAGGAGUGGUCUUCAGUCCUAGUGAAGAAUUUAAAGAGAAAAUCAAUCAUAAUGGCAUUUUUUUUGUAAGGGCAAAAUUGGUUGAUUUUAAGGGAACUGGUUUCUCGUAUGCCCUUUACUUUCUGCUUGAUGCUCUUAUUAUGAAAUUGUUGGUUGGAAGCAUCUAAAAUGGUAAUCAAUUUCCAGCACCUUUCAAAAACAGAGUUGCCAUCAAUAUUGCCCUUUUAAGAUAACUAAAAUUAGGAAUUUAGAAUGUUUUUAAUCAGCUAGUUUUGGAUUCAUGGUACAAUUAAUUACUUAAGUCCCAAAAUACACAAACAUUUAAUGUCUAGCCAACGGUCCUAAUUUCUUUCAAAGUUUAACAUUGUAUUACUGUCCCACGCUCCUUGACAGAUCAGCCUGAAUAGUAAUGUUUAAAAAUUAUGAGUAAUGCUUUGUGAUGACUUACUUUGUCAAAAUUAUUCAUGGCUUCAUAUGCUGUUUUGAAUUUUUUAUUGACAGCUUUAUAAAAGCAGGUUAUUUUCCAAGGAAGUUGCUUAAAAUUAUACUUGGUACCUUUUAGGAAUACAUUGAAAUGGCUUUCUCUUGCUUGUGCGUUUUCUCUGCUCUAUGUGCUAUUCAGCAGCAUGGCAGGUCCAAUGGGACAUCUACUUUGUCCUACCCCACCCCCUUCACUGCAUACCCAAAAUUGGUGACAACAAAGGGACUCCGACAUGUGGAAAUAUUGUCAAGUAGUCAGUAGCUUUUAUGUCACCUGUUUCAAUGACACCAAACUGAGCAAAUUUAUUCCAUUUAAAUUCACACUAAACCAAGUAAAAGCUCACAAGCAGAACCCACAAAAGAAUCACCCAGUCUUCACCAUACUGAAUCACCACAGUAUGCUAAUUUUAUAACUCAAGAAAUUAAAUACAAAUAUCUCCAUUUUAUUUAUGUCCUAUUAAAAACAUUUAUCGCAGUCACUAAUUCUUAUUUAAAGGUUGACUUUCUCUUUCUGAAUAACUUUAUAAGGAUUGGUGUGAAUUUUGAGAACUUGGGAUACUAAUGAUUGUAUCUUUGCUAGUCAACAAAAUAUGAAAUAUAAUACUCAAUGCUGACACCUGAUGUGUAAGUACAAAAAUAAUGACGACACAAAUAAUCAUUGCAAUCUUUCAAACUGUAAUAUUCCAGUGUUUUUGUUUUUUGUAUAUAUAUAUACUUAAAUCAUGUAGGAUGUUGUAAAAUCAGUAUGACCUUGUCUAGUCUUCAAACUUAAAAUAAAACUUUUGAAAAUCUGGGAUACCUUGGAA